UGCGCACAACUUGCAGCUCCAGCCCCACCCUUGAAACAAUGACUCAGUUGCAUGAAGCUUCAUCUGUGGGAGAUCUCCCCUCGCUAGAAGAAGGGCUGAAGGCUGGACUGGACCCAAACGAGCCUGAUAUACACUGGGGGAGCAGGACGCCACUGCACGUGGCGUGUGCUUCAGGACAUAAGAAGAUAGUGUACGUAUUGCUGCAGGCAGGAGCCUUUCCGGACUCACUCACUAAUGUUGGGUGGACUCCAGCUCAUUUUGCUGCUGAAGGAGGCCAUGCACAGUGUCUACAGUUGCUCAUUACUGCUGGAUGCAAUAUCACUGCAACUGAUCAAUAUGGGGAUACUGCAAGGACAAUAGCAGCAAGACACAAUCACCAAGAAUGUGUUAAAAUGAUUGACGAAAUUUGAAGUUAAAUGAAAAAAAGUGAACAAGAAAAAUGAGUGAAAAA